CCCGCCGCGUGCGCGCGCAUCCCCGUGUCCGCCCUUCCGCUUCCCGCCCGUCCCGGCGCUGCCGCCGCUCCGCGUCUCUGAGGGAAGGGCGCCCGCGGGGCUCCCCAGCCGGCCGCCAGGAUGUCGUACAUGCUGCCGCACUUGCACAAUGGGUGGCAGGUGGACCAGGCCAUCCUGUCGGAGGAGGACCGGGUCGUGGUCAUCCGCUUCGGGCACGACUGGGACCCCACGUGCAUGAAGAUGGAUGAGGUCCUGUACAGCAUCGCCGAGAAGGUUAAAAACUUUGCUGUUAUUUAUCUUGUGGACAUCACUGAAGUACCAGACUUCAACAAGAUGUAUGAGUUGUACGAUCCCUGUACAGUCAUGUUUUUCUUCAGGAACAAACACAUCAUGAUUGAUUUAGGUACAGGUAAUAACAACAAGAUCAACUGGGCAAUGGAAGAUAAGCAGGAGAUGAUUGACAUUAUAGAAACUGUUUAUAGAGGAGCCCGCAAAGGUCGAGGUUUGGUGGUAUCGCCGAAAGAUUAUUCCACUAAAUACAGAUAUUGAUGUUUCUUUGGGCUGCCUUUUUUCAUAAUCCUAUGUCCAGUUAAAUUUAUUCCUGUGUAUGCGUGUACAUAUAUGUAUAUUAAAAUAAAAAAAAAAAAACAAACCUACAAGUCCUUGAA